AUAUAUAUGAAUAAUAUUGAACACACCAAGACAUUGGUAUACUCUACUUUUUCUCCAUGCCUGCUAACAAUUCACAGCCUGGCAAGCCUGAAUUAUUAAGAAGACCAUGAACAUGAUUAAGGUUUGUUUAAGUUAAGGAGGGUUUUGGUUGUUGCUUUGCUGUUUCCUAAUUAAACUAGUACUGAGGAGCCUUAGCCUGCUGGGAUGGAUUAAUUGGCCUCUUUCAAGAGAUUUGCUGGUGUAGAGGUGUCCAGGAAUCUUCUGUCUCCCAAUUCACCACUGCACUCCAUACUAUCCAGAGCUUUGCUAGCUGCACUCCUUUCGAUUUCUCCGUCCAAUCCACGCGUAAAGGAAUUAGAAUGACUAGUACUCAUGAUGCUUAGUACGUACUGCUCAUCAUCAACAUCAUCAUCACAAGAAAAUUCUCUGCAGUUUGCAUAUUGAUCGAGUAUGUUUUGGCUAGCUUCCCAGUGGUAAUUGCUUAUGGAUGAUACAAGUAUAAUUGGCAUGAAGUUGAACAACGGAAGUUCUCAAUGAGCCUCAUAGCGGAGAAUCACUACCUGACCUUUUUCUAUUUCAGUUAACAACAGUUUCUGACUGGCGCGGUUUACUCCUUCAGGCAUGGGAACCAAAAUUGAAUACUCCAUCAACAUAUUAGGAGCCUCACAAAGUAGCAACAGCUUAGCUGUUCAUAGAGUGGAUGACUGGGACUAUUUUCAGAAAGUUGGGCUGAAGCAAAAGUAUCAGAAAACUAGAUUUGAGGACAAUCUUCGCUACUCAGUGGACAGAAUGCUCGAUAAGCACAACAUGGAUACCAUCAGAAAGACAAUGCAGAUGCAUGAAGACACCUUUAGGCACCAGAUAUGUGAGCUCCACCGGCUGUACAGUGUACAAAAGAUGCUAAUGGAUGAACUGAAACAAGAGAUAAAUCAAAAUAGAAUUUGGGGUUGCAUGACUAGUAAUGCAGAUCACAUUCACAUUCAGCAGUCUCAGUUGUUUAACCAGCAGCACGCGACAGCUCAAACUUCAUCCGGCUAUAAUAUCCAUCUCCAUAGGUUGAGAGAAGAUCCAAGCUCUAGAGAGCGAAGUGGAAGUUGCUCAGGAGAGUACACCAUGAAAAUUUCCAGGGGUUUUGAUCUCGAAAGGCCAGCUGCCGAGGAAGACAUCUCAACAGGAGUUAGUACUAUUGAUCAAGACCAGACGGCGCCAAGCUCUAACAUGGCAUUGAUCAAAAGUAAUAACAUGAGGAGCAUGGAUGUCUAUGACGAAGAUAGUGAAGAAGUGGAGCUGACAUUAAGCAUUGGAAGCAGCAAAAGCAAGAAAAGAUCCAAAUCUAACCAGCUGAGGCCUCAUUUAGGGUGUUCAGAGCUGGUGAUAAACAAAGAAAAGGUACUCGACUCACCUACCUCGUUAAAAUCAGAUAGAGGAGAUUGCAGUGAUCCCACAACUCCCAUGAGCAGCUCCAGUGCAACAGUUGACCAGGAAAGAAAGCAGCCACAUUGGCUUUUCCAUGGUUUAAAGCUCAAAUAGGACUCAUACUUCAAAUCGUGUGCAUGAUUGGCAAAAUCUAUGAGUUGUUCAUUCUUGAAAUUCUAAUUUAGUUGUCAAUUUAAUAAAUGAACAAUUGAUCAGAUAAUGUUUUUGAGGCAUUUCAUUAGUGCAUGUAUAUAGGACAUAUCCAAA